AUGGAUAUUGACGAUAUCCUCGCGUCGGUCGACCGCUCCGACGUCUCCAGCCCGGAGUCCACCGCGCUCGACCACCAGCUCCUCACGCGCUUCUGGGUGGCCGAGCGCAGCGUCCCGGAACUGCUUCCCUGGCCCGCUCGUCUCAUGGACAGAAUGAUGGAACGCGUACGGCAACAGAUCGAAACAAUCGAAGACCUCGCCGCCGCCUCCUCAGACCCAAGCACAAUCACAACCUCAAACAAACACACAAGCUCAAGCAACACAACCCUCAAGCUCUCAAUCCUCCAAACCGACCUCUCCCGCACGCAAUACCUCCUCCGCUCCCUCCUCCGCCAACGCCUCUCCAAACUCACAAAACACAGCAUGCACUACCUCCUCAGCACAACAUCCACACCUCCCACACCACCACCGCCCUCACAAUCCCAAUCCUCCGGGGUUCAAAACCAAACACAGCCCGAAGACUCCAUCCCGUUCCCCGAGGAUCCCCCACCACGAACCUGCCCGCUUUCCCCCGCCGAGAUCUCGUACCUACACACGCACCAGACGCUGCUUGCGCGCCACUUUGGGUCCUCUUUCCUGUCCUCAUUUCCGCAGCAAUUGCGGAGGUUGGAUGAUAAUGCUGGGGGGACGAGUAUGUUGCAGGGGCCCGACGCGAAGGAAGUUGUCUUUGUGCGGUGUCUUGCGGAGGAGGUGCCGAUUGUUGCACCGCCCGGGGAUGGGGUUGAUGAGGAGGUUAUAGGCGGGAGUAUGAGGAUGGGCGAUGUAUGGGUUGUGAGGUGGGAGGGGGUCAGAAAGGCGUGGGAGAGGGGGGAUGUGGAGGUUUUAUAG